AUGUUCUCAAAAGCUUUCACUACUGCCACCAUGGCUCUUGCCUGUGCUGGUAUGGUUUCUGCCCAGACCUUCACUGACUGCAACCCAUUGAAAAAGACAUGCCCCGCUGAUCCCGCUUUUGGCGAUAACGAGGUUGACUGCGACUUGGCCAAGGGUGCAUGUGAUGCCUUCCACGGCAUGAUUGGAACCGAACUCAAGUACAGCGACCGCGGUGCUCUAUUCCGCAUCAACAAGGAGUCCGAUGCUCCUACAAUUCGAUCCGACAACUACCUCUUCUUUGGUCGUGUAGAUGUUGUCGUCCAGGCUGCCAAGGGCCAGGGCAUUGUUACCUCCGCUGUUCUUCAGUCUGACGACCUCGACGAGGUUGACUGGGAGUGGGUUGGCGGCGAUGAUGCUCAGGUCCAGUCUAAUUACUUCAGCAAGGGCGAUACCACUACAUACGACCGUGCUCAGUACCAUGCCGUUGCUGCUCCUCUUACCACUACUCACAAGUACUCCAUUGAGUGGACGUCCACCAAGAUUGACUGGCUCAUUGAUGAUGCUGUUGUCCGAACUCUGAACGCUGCCGAUGCCCAGGGCGUCAAUGGUUUCCCUCAGACUCCUAUGCAGGUCAAGCUUGGUACUUGGGUUGCUGGUGGAAAGAACAGCAACGAGGGUACCCGGGAGUGGGCUGGUGGCUACACUGACUUCGACGAUGCCCCCUUUGAUGCCUACUACCGCAGCGUGACCAUCAUUGACUACGCUGGAAAGGACGCCCCUGGCCAGAACAAGGGCGCCAAGCAGUACGUCUACACUGACAAGACCGGUGACUGGACCAGCAUCAAGGUUGAGAAGACUUCGUCCGAUAACGACGAUGACAAGACCAGCACCAGCACCACCGUCUCUAAGGUUUCCAAGACCACUAAGACUGCCGAGCCUACCAAGACCAAGACUGCAGAGGCCACCACCUCCGCCGUUGAGACCACCAGCGCUCACGAGUCUAAGACCAAGUCCGCUGAGAAGGAGUCCAAGACCGAGUCUGCCAAGGAGACCAAGACCUCCGAGGUCGCUACCACCUUUGCCACAGCCACCAGCACCAAGGCCGAGGCUACUGCCACAGCCACCGAGGGUUCUGGUUCCGGAUCUGAGUCUGACGCUGGUGCCGGAGCUGCCACAGCCACUGGCUCUGGCGCUUCUCCCUCCGAGCCCGCCACCACUCCCGUUCCUGUGAACUCUGGCUCUCGCAUGGCUGGUAGCGUCGUUGCCGCCUUCGCCGGCCUCAUGUUUGCCCAGAUCCUCAUCUAG